AUGGCACUAGAAAUAGCAAAAGAUGGUGGAUUAGCACGCCCGAAAAUUCUGGAUCGGAUUAUACGGUUUCGAAAAUUCAUAUUGAUUAUUGCAUAUCUUGGAGCCUACUUUUCAUCACAAUAUUUAUUUGAUCCGGUUAAUAUGGAAGUUACAAGAAUAUCCGAACAUUCAUUAAUGCCAGGACUUGUUACACCGAAAUUUGAUAAAAGUGGAGUCGCUAUUCAGCUGUACAGGAGGUUAACAGAUUUACCGAAAACAAAAAAACAACAAAAAUUCAUUCUUGAUGUAUUUUCGGAGUUCGGUCUCCAAUGUUUCACUCAAAAAUGGAAAUCUACAAUAGCAGGAUAUCCGAAAAGAGGAGAAAAUGUGUAUGGAUUCAUCAGAGGACACAGAAAUGAUGGAGCAGAAGCACAACUGAUUGUUGUUCAGUUGGGAAGAUCUGAAAGUGCGCGACGAAUGAUUUCUCGAAUGUUGGCAUUUAUUGAUUACGCGAAAGAACAAGUCUACUGGGCGAGAGAUUUUGUAAUAGUUUUUGUGGAUGGAGGAGAUAAAAAAGAGUCGAUCGAUCAGGCUGCAUUUGCUCUAGACGCUUUCCUUUUCAAAUAUCAAAAGAUCGAGGCGUUGACAUCGAAACAGUCGAAUGGGACAGUGAUUGCUGAUGAAAUUCAAUCACAAACUGGUGCUUUAAUAGCUGGAGUUGUCUAUGAUCUGUCUGGAAUGUCUAUAAAAGGACAACAUAUUAUUAAUAUUCAAACGAACGGGUUGAAUGGACAACAAGUAAAUUUGGAUGUUUUUAAUGGAAUUGUGAAGAUUGCUGAUUCAAAACAUCAUUCGAAAGUGGCCAUUUAUGGAUUGAUGCAUAGGCAUGCGAGCCCCUACAAAGACUACUCUCCAUACGACGUGCCUCUCAAAGCUCUCUUCACACAAGCCUUCGUUUCAAUCGAAGGAAUUCAUAGUGUAAUGGGAAAAUAUGGUGUCCAGGGUUUAACCGUCGGAUUAAGUCACGAUUAUAGUGAACGACAAGCGGGACAGUUUAUUGAGGAAGUCUCUCGUAUGCUAAAUAACGUUCUGGAGAGACUCCAUCAGAGUUAUUUUAUGUACGUGCUCUCCGACGACAUGCACUUCAUAUCGAUUGCACUAUUCGUCAUACCAAUCGGUAUUCUCAUCAGUCCACUCGUCUUCCUCGUCUACUUCGAAUGGAAGAAAUGUCAAGUAUUCCACUUCCCGCUCACCUAUCCAUUCAUUCAUUUCAUCGGUUAUAUGCUCUAUCUAUUCACCACGUGGACCUAUAAGCAUGUUGGAACUCGAUACGUAUUUCAAUGGACUCAGUACCCAUUUAUUGGAAAAGAAGGAUGCGAUGGAGCUUUCUCGCCACUAUUCGAUCUCAUGCAUUCGUUCCUCUUGUUUUCUGUCGUUCCCUUUGGACUCUACGCUUUUUACAAAGUCCCCGUACCAUGUGUUCCAACAAUGCGAAUCUUCUGCCUCGUCGAGACAACUCUCGCCAUUGUCGCCCUCGCCCUCACUAACGUGGGUCUCGGAAUCUUCACAUCAGCUGUCGUCGUUCCAGUUGUAUUCCUGAUGACGUAUGAAUCGUAUCAGAGAGAACGUAGCAUAUUCCGCUCGGGAAUGUUGGCAAUCCUCAGUCCGAUGGUCGUGCUUACAGUGGUCGCCUACUCUCUUCCGGCAUUCAUCACUGUCAUCAUCCCUGACAAAGCCUAUCAAACAGUAAUUGGUGUUCCCGUAUUCAUGCUUCAAACAAUGAUUCAAACCGACGCUGCCAACGGAUCGUGGCAUUUAUUCUUGAUGACUUGUGUCGCCUGGCCUGUUUGGAAUAUGAUCUUCGCCUCGUCGUUACGAUAUGAUUUGGAUAUUGACCGUGCUAAUAUGACUCCUCCACCAACACCUGCACCAUCCCUUGCUUCAACUGCCGCCGGUACUCCAGAAGACCCACCAGCCCGAGGAUUUGGAAAAAGAACAAAGAAAUAA